CGUCAUCGACAAUCACCCGCCCAAAGUGCAGUACUAGAUUCGGUGUCGGUGGUUCACGUGUUUUCAAGUUGAUUGGCAAAAUUUUAUGUUUUCAACCUCCCCAUCGCUUGAUUUUUCGCUCCGUGCGACCGCACGGUUACCAAAAUCUGCAAGAAACGCUGCGUGGGCUCGCAAUUUUCCCUGCCCGGGGGAUCGACAGCACGCGCCGAAGGUCGGCCAGCGGUCACACGAGCUGUCAGUGGCGGCGCGAGUUCCAAGUCAGCAAAAGGGCGUAUCGCCGCGUUAACGAAUACACAACUUUUAAAGCGAUUUUUUGGUGCGCUAGCGGGAAUCGGUGUGAAUUGUAGAUUGUGGUUCCGUGGUGCACGCGCGGUCAUGGUGCCCCGGCGGACGCGGGACGCGUUCCGGAGUUGAACACUUGUUGGGUUGUCGCGUAUACGCUUUGGGCGUGUGUUUUUGAAUUUCUUUGACAGUUGACAGUUGGGGCAGUGGUUUGGCCCCUUUGCAAAAGUGUGGCAGUUAUUUUACGUAACCAAAUCGAUAGAUGAGUGACGUCACAAGCUGUCAAAGGCUCUCUCGGGUUCCACGGCCUAAUUUUUUCCUUUAUUCCGCGAUGAGUUUGUCGCAAAAUUGAACUUUCGGGACGAAAUAUUGAGGAAAACGCCGCUAGCGUGCGGUGAAAGUGUGCGGAACCUGCUAGGGAAGACUGGAAGCGCGUCGGUGCGCCGGAAAGUGCGGCGAAAGUUUUGCUGGAAGCCACGUCUGGCCAUUUCUGACGUUUAGAUAACCUAUAUUUUGUGUGGCGAGACUUUUUUUUUUAUUUUCCCGUCGACUCGUCCAAGAAGGCACUGCUUUCUUGCUCUUGUGUGGUGCGUGGCCGAAAAAUUCGUGCCGGAGGAACACGGUUAAUUACGGUUUGCGGACCAAUGCAAUGCGGACAGUUCCGGUAGACAUGCAGCAGCAGCAGCAUUGCUCGAGCACGGAAUAUUAAGCAAGCGGACCGCGCGGCCAAUUAUGCUUGAGCAGCAGCUGGUGUGACGUGACGUCGACCGCGAGUUUGCCCCGGAACUGAGGGAAAAUUUGUCCGGCCGCCCCACCGGCAGGAAGAUGCAGAGUGGAGGAGGACCGCUGCAACCGGGACCGCCCGUGAUGCGUGGGCUCGGGUCGGGAACACCGACGGCGUCCCAGCAACAGCAGCAGCAGGUCGAGAUGCAAAAGAUGCAGGGCCAGCAACCUCCGUUGAUGAACCAGCAACAGCAGUAUCAACAGCAGCAACCAAACCUGUACCGGAAUCCUGGUGCGAACCAAUCGACACGCCCGACGCGUCCGAUUAUGACGCCGUACGGCCAUACGGCGGCACCGUUCUUUGCCCCGUUUAUCCAGAUGCCGUACAGCCGGAUACCGGGCCAUCAGUGGAACUAUGGUUCGAUGCCGGGAAUGGCAUCGGCCUACCCGCCGCAGUACUACAUACAGUCGGCACCGAUUCUGGCCCAAGGCCAACACCAACAGACACGACGCAAUCCGGCUGGGGACAACAGCGGUCUCGUCAAUGUAAAUACCACCAACCACUUUCAUCAUCCGGUUGCCCCUCCUACGAACGGUGCCACUAAUCCACUUAAUCCGAUUCCGCAGAUGCAGCAGGUUCCGUUGCCUCAGCCGCAGCCCCCGAACCAGCAAUCGUCGCCGAUGACCGUGUCGCACGAUUUGCUCGUAAUGCAACAGUUGCAGCAUCCCCAGCAGCAACAACCGCCCCAACAAACACCGCAACAGGUGACGGGCGGUGGCCAAGCGCCCAUGGAUCAACACCAGCCAAAUCCUGCUCAAGUCAGCGUCGGUGGCCCCCAACCGCCACCAAACGCACUAAUGUCUCAAAUUCAGCUCGCUUCACAUCUGGCCGCAACCGGAGCCGCUCCGGUGCCGCCCAAAGUUAACAAAAAGAAACAGCGCGGCUCACAUGCCAUCCCGAUCAUCAAUCCGGACACACAGGAGGACGUACUGGACAAGAUUUUCAACGAUUCGGCCCCUCCAAGCUCCUCGUCAACGAUCGCAGCUUCUACACCGGGAACCGGAGCUCCCCAACAGCAACAGCAGCAGCCUCCCCCACAACAGCAGCAGCCUCAACCUCCGCAAGCAGCUGCAACUCCGACCUACAACACUAUUCCUCCCAAUGUAACCCAAGUUCCACUAAACCCAGCCGUUGAACAAGCAGACUAUGAUAAUUACACCUCACAUCAUCCUCACCAGGCAACUCCGGAACUGAGCGGACCCCCGGCCGGCAUGGGACCGAUGCAUCAUCAACCGCCGCCACAUCUUCACCAUCCGCCUCCCCUGAAUCAUCCGCCGCCACACGUUCACCAACACGGACCGCCGCAGAUGCAGCAGAUGCAGAUGCCCCCACACGAUCACCGCGGAGGACCCCCGCAGGUCAACACCCAGCAGCAGCCACCUCCGCCGCACGAAAUCUCCUACCACGGAACGCUAAAGUACGUCACGCCGCCACCGCAUCUUCCGCACCAUCCAACACCCGCGGAAAUGACCGUCGGCGGAACGCCGGUCGUGUCCGCCAUCGCCGACGGACCCUCCGUCGAGAUCAAACCCUACCAGAACAAGAAGAAGAAGCCAACGAACGAGCACACUGACCAGCAUCAGCAGCAGCAGAUUAAAUCUCUUCCAGCGUCCAGCAUGCACCACCAACAACAACAACACCAUCAUCCGCAGCAGCAGCAUCAUCACCACAUGCAGCAGCACAAUCCUCCCCCGCCCCAGCAACAGCAACAGCAGCAACUUCCCCCCGCGAUCCUAAACGAAUCGGUGCCACCGCCCUCGCUAGUUUACAGCGCUGAGCGAUACCGCACCGUGUCGGAGAAAUCGAUCGCCGAGUCGACGCUCUCGACGGACGCGGAACCGUUCGUGUACACCGGCCCGAGCAGUGUCGUCGUCGCCGCGACCACCCCCACAAUCAGCAACCCGUUGCCGCCGCCCCAAGCGGCCCUCCCGGUGCGCAUCGAACCCGAGGUAGUGCCGGAAGUUGUUGCGGCAACGCCGCAGCAAGAACUCGUUGUGGAGGAACCCAAAGUGACGCCCCAAAAGCAGCUGGACGCGCUGGUGGCCGGAGUGGAGAAACUGAGCGUGGAAGAGAACAAUAGCAGCAGCAGCAUCGGUGCCGGAGCGAAUCAAGCCGGCGUCGGAGGUCACAACAGUGGCAACAAGAAGCAAAAGCAACACAAGAAGCGUGCUGACGAAGCGGCGGCGGCUGCGGCAGCAGCAGUUGCUAGUGAGACUAGCAAAGCUCCUCCUCCCCCCGCUGCGAACGUAGUAAUAGAGCCGACCGUGGCCGCCGCGGCCAUCGAUGAAACGGACCGAUCCGCGCCUGUCGAGGUCGUCGUCCCUCAGGGUUUGCAGUCGUCAGCGUCGUCGUCGUCGUUAAUUAGUAAUUUAGUGGAACAUAAUAAUAGUAAGUUAGAUAAUGAUAACAUAAUUAAUAAUAAUAAUGUGGAUUGCACCAGUACUAUGAUAACAACAACAACUACCGAUAAUACGACAGAUAACAACAACGCCGCCGUCGCAGCGAUGGAGAAGCAGACUGCCGUCGCGGCGCCCGUCAAGCAGGAACAGCCGGCCGUGCCCGAGCCCGCGUCCGAGUUUGACGACAACAAGAACGUGGUAGUGGCAGCGACAACGACGGAAUCGACGCCACCCCCAACCGCGGAGAUUGCCGCCCCAGCAAAGGACACGACGGAGAUGGCACCACCGCCAAGCACCAAGCCGGCGGCCGCCGCAAUGAUCCCUGCCAAAAAGUCGCGCUCGCUCACCCUCAUCGAGUACGACGCGGACCAGUGGAGCCCGGACAAUCCGUCCGGCAAGCGCAAGUACUCGCGCGAUCAGCUGAUGCAGCUGAAGAAUGCGGCGCCGGCCCGCGAGAAGCCCGCGAAUCUGCCCAACAGCUUGGAGAACGUGCUGGUGCGUGGUCCGGGGGGCCACGGAGGUGGUGGUGGCGGAGGUGGCCACGGAAUGGGCAUGGGCGGCGGAGGAGGUCAGUACGGAAAGAGCAACUUCUCCGAGAUGUUGAUGCCGGCGUUCAUCAAGGAUCGCAUGGGAGGCGGCGGUGGAGGUGGUGGAGGAGGAGGUGGCGGUGGCAACAUGGGUCAAAUGAGACAACAGUACAUGCCGAAGCGACCGUCCCAGCAGGGCAACAGCGGCCAGUCCGGCUCGCAGUCCAACAAACAGUCCCAGCAGGGCAUGAACAAAACCGGCUCGAAGAUCAUCCGACUCCAGCUGGACGAGGAGGUCAAGCUGAACGUGUGCGACAACGCGUGGCGUCCGAGGCACCUGCAGACGACCGUUCCCGAGGUGGAUCCGGACUCGGGCGUCGAUCGAACCACCCAAGAACUGUUCAAAAAGUUCCGUUCCGUGCUGAACAAGCUGACGCCGGAUAACUUUGACAAGCUGGUGCAGCAGGUCAAGAACUUUGUCAUCGACACCGACGAGCGGCUGGACGGAUGCAUCAAGCUCGUCUUCGAAAAGGCCAUCUCGGAGCCAAACUUUUCCGAGGCCUAUGCCAAAAUGUGCAAGGAAAUAGGCAACAUUGCAAUCCUGGUGAGCAACGAGAAGCGGACCAGUUUCAAGGGUCGUCUGCUGGCCCAGUGUCAGUGUGAGUUUGAGCGACGCCGGAACGAUCAGACCAGUGCCAUCCGUGACAAUCGGACCAAGCUGGAAGCGAGCAAGGGCAUGGCCAAGGAACAGUUCGAAGAGCUGAAGGCCCAACUGGAAGAGGACGAGCUGCGAGUCCGGAGGAGAGCCGUCGGUACGGUUCGAUUCAUCGGAGAGCUGUUCAAGCACGGCCAACUCACGGCCAACAUUAUGCACAGCUGCAUUACGCUGCUGAUCGAGAAGGAAGUCAAAGACUACGACGAGGAAACGCUCGAGUGCCUCUGCAAACUGCUGACCACCAUCGGUUCCAAGAUGGAGAAGGAAAACAAUCACGACUUGGGCGGCUAUUUCGACAAGAUGGGUGACAUUGUCAAGCACAGGGAUCAGUACAAGAUUAGCAGUCGGAUCCGGUUCAUGAUCCAGGACGUUAUCGAUCUGCGCCGAAACGGGUGGCAGCCACGACGUCAAGAUCUGAACCCGAAAACGAUGACCCAAAUCCAGAAGGAGGCGGAAACCGAACAGCUUCAGAUCAACAUGAACUACAUGAGCGGCGGCGGCAGAGAUCGUGGAGGUGGUGGCCGCGACGGAGACAUGGGCCGUGGUAAUCGCGGUGGCAGCAUGCAAGGCAACAAAAUGUCCGGCUCGAUGGGAUCCGGCUACAACCAAGGCUCGCUGGGCCGAGGCGGAAACCAAGGCUCGAUGAAGGGAGGUCGACCGCAGCAGGACGACGACGGAUUCCAGCACGUUGUGUCAAACAGUCGCAACAACCGGUCGACGCCGAUUGACCUGAAGAAGAUCAACAUCCCCGGAAGUGUCGACACGACCCGGCUGGGUGCGGCAUCCGCAUACCAGGGCUGGAAGAACAACAGCAACAUUUUCGCAGCGCUGAACAACGAAGAGUCGAGCCAAGGUGGCGGCGGCGGCGGUGGCCAGGGCAACAUGAUGGAUCGUGACGGAGGUGACCGAGAUCGACGAAGUGACCGAGGGAACCAAAGGGACCGCGACCGAAGCGGAAGUCACAACAAAAACUCCGGCGGCAAAGACUCGUACCAUCACCACAACAAGGGCUCGAUGGAACGGGACCGGUACAACCGGUACGGAAGCAGUAGCAGCCAGAACGAUGAUCGCAUGGCCAGCCGAUCGUCGCGGGAACCGUCGUCGGGCAGCAUGAGACCGAUGAGUGGUCAGCACAGCAGCAAUAGCCAAAUGCAUGAACGAGACCGAGACCGAAAUAUGGGACCGAAGAUGUCGUCCUCGUCCCAGCAGCAGCAGCAGCCGCUCCCAGGCCGGUCAUCCCAGCAGCGACAUAUUCCACAAUCAGCACCGGCGCCACGAGGCGGACCAUCCGGAAGCACGACAAUGUCCAAGUCCGGCUCGGGCCAGCUGUACCAGCAGCAGCAACUGCCACAGUUUGCUAUACCAAAGGAUGCGGUGCGAAGAAACUUCCCCCAUCCGGACGCCAGCACCGACGAAAAGUUGAAAAAGUUCUCCAAGACGGUUCACCUGGAGAUGGACGCGACCGACAUUGUCGAGAGCGUCAAGAUGCUGGAGGAGAUCAAUCCGGACUAUUACCAUGCGGCCAUCACCGAGCUGUUCAUGGACAACAUCGAGCGUGACGCGAAAUCGCGCGAGGCGGUCGUGAAGGUGAUUGCGCAGAUGUUUGAGCAGAAGAUCGUCGGCAAGGCCGAUUAUCUGCAUGCCCUCGAAGAGGUGUUCAAGCUAGCGGACGACCUGAUCAUCGAUCUACCUCAGCUGUACAAGUGCAUUGCCACGUUCUACGUCAAGUUUCUGCACGGCCGGCAAAUCGACCUGGCCGACCUCCAGAACGUGGCCCAGCCCAUCCUGGCCAGCUACGGCGGCGUCAUGCUGCGGGAAGUGCUGCACCAGUACGAGGGCACGUACGGUCAAAGUGCCACCGUCAUGCUGUGGCUCAGCUCCUCGCUGAACUUUGCCGACUUUAUUCAGCUCGGCAGUGCCGACAAGGUCGAACAAUACCUGCGGGACAACAAGCUGGACUAUCUGCUAAACUCGGGCAGCAACGCCCUCGACAUGCAGACCGUCGGAACACAAAUCAAACAAUUCCUGAAGAGUGGCGCCAAGUUUGUCGAAAUCUUCGGCUGGGUCGCCGAAUACGUCGGACCGGAGCGGGUCACCUCCGACGAGUUCAUCCGGACUCUCACCAAAGCCGUGAUAGAGCACUGUAUAGACAACAAAACGAAGCUGAACGUGCAGGAAAUCACCAAGUGGCACCAAAUCCUUCAAAAGUAUAUCGACAGCAAGCCGGAACGGGAACUGCAGGCGAUGUACGCGAUCCAGCGGUUGGUGGUGGAGCUGGAACAUCCGCAGAACCUGCUGCACACCAUCCUCGAGCAGCUGUACGACAAUGAUGUGAUAAUGGAAGGGUUCAGCCUCUGGAAGGACUCGCAGGAUCCGCUUGAAGCGGCCGGCAAGGGUGUGUGUCUCAAAGGAAUUACGCAGUUCAUGACCAUGUUCAUGGAGAACUCGAGCGAUGAGGAUAAUUAGCAGCGCUAAAAGUGUUUUCUUUUUUUUUAAACAGAAAAAAAAUAAUCGCGUACAUAUUUGACUACACUGAAGAAAGAAAAAGAGAAAAAAAGCGAAGCAACAAGAAGUGGAAGAAGAACAUUAUUAUAAUGAUCAUACUACUAAUAAAUAAUUGAUAAAAUAUAAUGAAUAAAACUAACGUUAAGAUCAACAUUUAUUUACAUACAUAUAUAUUUAUAAACUAUCAAAUAAAGUAUCUGGUGAACCACA